UUUCGCAUAUUUACAAUUUAACCGUCUAGACCUCUAGACAAGUCCAACGGCCGUUUACACCGACCGCAAGUCCCGUCACACAAAUUUUACUAUCCGCCACCAAACCAAACAACCACCCACCCCAACACCAUGGACCCCAACAUGAACAACCUCCUUAAAUGGAGUAUCAAGGCUUCUACGGCCGGUGAGCAGACGUCCGAAGACAACAAUGCCAGCACAACUACCGCCACCGAGUCCUCCCGCAACGGUCUCACGCCCCAGAUGCUCUCGACGCUAUUCGGCGGACCCUCCGACGCCGACCUGAUGAAGGCCUCCAUGGCCGCCCUCCGCUCCGACGAGGUCGACCUGGAGAACAAGCUGAUCGCAUUCGACAACUUCGAGCAGCUCAUUGAGUCGAUCGACAAUGCAAACAACCUCGAGCCGCUAGGCCUGUGGUCCCCUCUGGUCGAGCUCCUGCAGCACGAGGAAGCCGAUAUGCGUCGCAUGGCUGCCUGGUGUAUCGGAACGGCCGUGCAGAACAACGAAAAGGCACAGGAUAAGCUCGUUGUCUUCAACGCCCUCCCCAUUCUCGUCUCCCUCUCCACCAAGGACACCGUCCCCGUUGUCCGCAAGAAGGCCAUCUACGCCAUCUCUUCUGCCGUCCGCAAUUACCAGCCCGCCAUGGACGAGGUCACCAAGAGCCUUCCGGAAGGUUACUCCCGGGACAAGAUCGAUGCCGGAGACAUGGAUGCCGUGGAUGCGCUCAUGGACAAGCUGCGCGCCCACCCCGUCGAGUCGUCUGCUUGAGAAGUGAAUCGACACAUGUGAAAUGUAACGCGGAGUGAUGCUGUAGCCU